CCAACAGUGUUUAGUCCGAAUGACUGCGAUCAAUGGUCUUGAUUAUCCAGUCCCACUAGGCAUCGCCUACAUAUUGCUCUCUGGGUGCGUGCUGCGUGCCAUCUUUGUUUGGAUGCAACUGCCUGCCUCAGUAGGAGUCAUGCUCAGCGGCUUCAUUUUCCGGCACUUCUUUCAAGACGAAUUGCUGUUUGCUCGGGAUGAGCUGCAAGAGUUGGCUUUCUUCUUGGUGCUUCUGACAGCUGGACUUGAGAUUCGCGUCGAACAAUUGAAGUGGCACAUCUUCGUGAUGGCAAUACUUCCAGCGGCCUGUGAGAUCCUUGGCAUCGCUUUGUAUGCCUAUUACGUCAUGCAAUACACCCGCCUCGAGGGUCUUGUGCUCGGCUCGGUGUUGGCCGCGCUGGGUGAUGGACUGGUCAUACCCAAGAUGCAGGAGUUCGGUCAGUCCUUCCCCGACCACGCGCUGCCGCGGCUGGUCUCCACCUGGGCCCCGGUGGAGGCCUCCUUCGUCCUGACGACCUUUGGCGUCCUGGCAGGGCUGGCGACCCCGGAGGCAGCCACCGCCAUCCAUCGGAUCGUCUUGGCCAACGCGCUGCGGCUGGUGGCCACGCUGUUGGUGGGGAUCAUCUUUGGAGCCAUUAGUGGGGGCUUCAUGAAUGCGAUUUCAGACCAGGACUUUGGCCCUGGAAUCUUUACUGGUUCCACAUCAGAGAGGCUUCUGAUGCUGCUUGCCACCACCUUGUGGGCUUUUGCCCUGGGCCAGGGGGAUGAGGGCCACGAGCUGGUGCCAAUGGGUUUUGCAAAGGGGUCCAUGUUUCAACCCGAGCUCUUGGUGAUCGUGACAGGAGCCUGCUUCGCCAAGAUUUCAGAUCAUGAGAUCCUGCAGAAAAUCGAAAUUGCGCUUCGAGACGUAUGGACCUUUGGCCAGAUCUUUCUCUUCAGUAUGCUGGGGAGCAAGAUCACCCCAGAUCUCUUGCCACAGUUGGGGCACAUUCUUCCCGUGAUGCUGGUUGGCUUGGUCUGGCGCCUGCUGGGUGUGGCUCUGGGCAUCCUGAUCACGUGCCACAGCCGAGAACGGCCUCGGAGCAUCCUGCCCGACACGAUGUUUUGCUUCCUCUGCACCCUGCCAAGGGCUACCAUCCAAGGUGCCUUGGGCGGCAAACCCAAGGAGCUGCACUUCUUUGGGGCAUCUCUGGUGUGCAGUUACAUCUUCACAGCGGCUCAGUUGUAUAUCCUCUGCUACUCAGUGACGGGCAUGAUUUUGCUGCACACCCUUGGGCCCAAACUGCUGGAGUGGUCGGAACAGCUGCAGAAAUCUCCAGAUUUGCGGAUCCAACAGGUGGCUGCGACGGCUGCGAAGACGGAGCUUGAGAGGACAGCACUGCUGGAUUCUGAAUCGGCCAAGUCGCCCAGCCGCCGGAGCUCCAGUGCUGGUGAGCCUGGCAGUUCUAGCCAGAAAACUGCCGCCAGCAACGCUUCUUUCAGCACCAUCCAUGGAUUUGACAACUACCAGCCGAGCUUGUUGGGCAUGAAGGGCCGCAAGGAAACCCAGGACGCCAAGAUGUUGGACGCCAGCACCUCACCCAAGCGUCAAGAGGUGGUGGUGAAGGCUUUGAGGCCUCAGAAAGUCACCUUGAAGGUGUCAAGGGCAGGACCUCAGGAGGUUCAAACCAAGGAUGGCACCAUUUCCGUUGACAUUCCCGCACGUGCGGUGGGAGAAACCUUCGAAUUCAACUUUGGUCCGGCGCCGGACUAUGUGCUUCGAGCCCCAUGGGCUCCUACGGAGAGGCACUAUGACUUCGGCAGAAGUGAUGGCAGGGCCCUCCAUGUACCGGUGCCAGCAGGACAGAAGCGAGUGUUUUUGAUACCCAAAGGGCUAAUGCUGGACAUUCCAAAUGGUACCUCGCCGGGUGCGGUGCUGUGUUUCAAGCACCCGGACAAAGCUGCCGUUUCAAAUUGGUUUACAACGCGGCUCCCGAAAAACUGGCGGGCCGGAAAGCGAUACUUACCCGUUCGACUUCCCAAAGAGGAGUACCAAUUUGAGUAUGGCUCUGGCAAUUUCUUUCAAGAUAUGUGUCAGCAAUUCUUGCUCUUGAUAGAGCAGAUGUGGGAAGACUUCACGCAGAUGUGCCAAAACUGCCGAUUUUGGCGCUAAGUCCACGCUGCGAAGCAGCUGAGUGACACAGCGUAAAAAUCCUCUCGUUGUGUCACCUUGCGUGAAAAGAGUACGCCCUGUAUUGAGCACUGGUUUCCUAAAUAGGUAUGC